AUGGUAGAAGCCGUGUUCUGCGAUACAAGAACAAACAUAGAAAUCUGCACUACUGAACAGGCGAUAAACGCAGCAAAGGAAGUGGAAAACGGAACACUUGGCAGAACAGGGGACAGAAAAGAGAGAAAAACCUACGCCUUAAUUGUGGACAAUGAAGACGAAUCUUUAAAGGAAACAAUAAGGAAAUUCAAAGAACGAGUAGGGAAAACCGACCGGACUAAACAUAAACACUGUUUGAGAAACCAAGGAGGGAAAGGUGUUGAUCACGAUGAAAAAAGAUAA